GCCGAUGAGUAACACCGCUGUACCCAUCAUGUCAAAUCCUCCUAUCCGUGGAGCUGGUAAUCGUUUCAAACGUGGAGGUUUUCAUGCUGCUCGCGCUCAAGCCAACCCGACAAGGAGUCUUGCAACCACUCAACCUGGUCUUAUCGUCAAGACAACAGAUUCAACACCUGUGCCUAGUGGGAUCAGUACACCAGCCGGUAUUGAUAGACCUCGUUUUCGAGACUUUAAUGGAUUGAGCCCAGAGAUCUUCCCAUCUCUUCCUUUCGAGACGUGUACCGAAGUCCAAGCGGCCACACUUCCAACCAUCCUCGCCGGAGACGACGUCCUAGCUCAAGCCAAGACCGGGACUGGAAAAACCCUUGCCUUCUUGGUCCCAGUGGUGCAACGUCUGCUAUCGGCACCCAUGCCUCCCUCCGCUCUCACGUCAAUUCUCAUCUUAUCCCCUACCCGGGAACUGGCUCAGCAGAUCAAUGAGGUCGCCGAGCGAAUGUCAACUGCUCUGAGUAAAAAGUUUGGCACUCGAAGCGUCGUCGGCGGGACCAAUAUGGAUAGGGAUAUCAAGAAUCUCAAGUCAAAGCGCGCGGACAUCCUUGUUGCCACUCCUGGUCGAUUGCUCGAUUUGAUGGAAAAUGGAGGCAUUAAGGCUCGCUUCGCCCAGCUAAAGAUGAUCGUCCUCGACGAAGCCGAUCGUCUGCUAGACGCGGGUUUCCGUCGAGAAUUGGUCAAGAUAUUCGAUUAUUUGCCGGCUCCUCACGCUGUCCCCCGUCAGACCCUCUUAUUUUCUGCUACCCUGCCCACGGAGGUCCAUUCAAUCGCGUCAAUCGCACUCAGAAAGGAUUACAAAUUCAUCACUACGCUGACCGAGGAGGAUGUCAACGCGCACGAGCAUGUUAAGCAAGAGGUUUUGGUGGUCUCAGCGGAAGAUCUCAUACCGGCUGCGAUGGAAGUCAUGCGCAAUGAGGAGUCUAAGAACAAGGAUUUUAAAGUCAUUGCCUUCCUCCCUACCGCUCGGGCUGCCGCCCUGUUCCACGACGUCUUCUCGUCCUUACCGAUCCCCUACCCAGUGUGGGAGAUACAUUCUCGCCUAUCACAAUCGAAACGAGCUUCAACAACCGAGGCGUUCCGUCAAGCUGAAAGAGGCGUCCUUUUCUCCUCGGACGUCACUGCACGAGGUAUCGACGUGAAGGGCGUGACUGCAGUGGUACAGAUUGGCCUUCCGAGUAGCUCAGAACAAUACGUACAUCGACUUGGGCGAACCGCUCGUGCUGGAGCCGAAGGUCAUGGCAUUCUGAUGCUCGGCGAUUUUGAGUCUCACUUUCUUCGGGAUAAGACCCUCCAAACUUUCACCCUCCACCCAUACCCGACCAUCGCGCCCGAGAUCAUGUCCCGCUCUCGUGAUGCCGUCAACAAAGCUCUCGAAUUUGUCUCACCAGAAUCCAAAGCUCAGGCGUACCAAGCUUGGCUCGGGUACUACAACUCUCACCUCAAAUCGCUCAGAUGGUCUCAGGCGGAUCUCGUAAGACACGCUGGCGAUUAUGCUAGAGUCUCACUCCGUAAUGGACCUCAACCCCCAGGACUACUGGCCAAGACCGUUAGCAAGAUGGGUCUGAGGGGUGUGCCAGGGUUGAACAUCGUCAAGGAGGUCCAGAAAAGUGCUGGGGGUCAAGACAAGCCGCAUACAGGCAAAAGGGGCCGGGAAUCGGACAUUACUUCCGAGAAUACCCUUCGAGGAGGCGGGAGAGGCGGCGGGAGAGGCGGCGGGAGAGGUGGGAGGGGAGGCAGAGGUGGCGGCGGUAACGGGCGAGGACGAUGGCAACCUGCGUGAUCGUCUAGUUCACGAUGUUGCGACAUCUAAAAGGUGAUGUCCUCAUGCAAUCUCGUACUACAGUU